AUCGUAGCGGUCAGUCGUUACGGAUCGCAGCUACGGAAAAGUACCCACUUUUAGUUAUCGCAAGUGUUACAUAACAGUAAACUAUAACAUAAUAUUGUGAAAUUGCCGAGCGUUUUUUUUUUUUUUUUUUGAGACAACGACCGAAAAAGGACAAGGAGGAUGUUGACUACAUUUUCAAUAAACGGGAGGGAGUAUAGCGUGGACUUAGCUAGGUUGCCGGCCGACAUAACGUUAAACACGUUCAUACGGGACUAUGCUGGACUGCCGGGUACCAAAUUCAUGUGCCAGGAAGGCGGUUGUGGCGUGUGUGUUUGCACGGUGACCAACAAGGAUCCUGUCUCUGGAGAGAUCAGAACGAGAGCCGUGAAUUCGUGUUUAACUUUGCUAAACUCGUGCAUGGAUUGGGAGGUAACGACCAGCGAAGGUCUGGGAAAUAAACGGGACGGCUAUCAUCCUAUCCAGAAGAGGUUGGCCACUAUGAACGGCACCCAAUGCGGCUAUUGUUCGCCUGGGUUUGUGAUGAACAUGUACGGCCUGUUGCAAGAGCGCAGGGGUAAAGUUACCAUGGAAGAGGUGGAGAAUGCUUUUGGGGGCAAUAUUUGCCGCUGUACUGGCUACAGACCUAUACUGGAUGCAAUGAAAUCGUUCGCGGUGGACAGUGAUAUCGAAGUUCCCGAAGAAUGUCGCGACAUCGAAGAUCUCUCGAAGCUCAUGUGUCCAAAGACCGGUCAAUCGUGCAGCGGCUCCUGCAAGGGCAAAUUAGUAGAGCUCAACUGCAUUAACGGUGAACGAUGGUUUUGGCCCAAAUCGGUGAAGGAGCUAUUCUCUAUUUUGGGGCAGUUCCAGGACGAUGACUACAUGUUGGUUUCCGGCAACACCGGUCACGGCGUCUACAGGCGUCCAUUGCGAAUCAAUAAAUUCGUCGACAUGCAUAGCCUUCGUGAGCUACAUGGAUACCAAAUAACAUCAGAUACUCUGGAACUAGGUGCCAAUCUUAGCCUUUCCGAUGCCAUGGCGGCAUUUAGGAAGGCGUCAACCCUGAGGGGCUUCGAGUAUUGUUCAAAAGUGUGGGACCACUUCGAUUUGAUUGCCAACGUUCCUGUGCGAAAUAUGGGCACACUGGCCGGCAAUCUGGCUAUUAAACACCAACAUCCGGACUUUCCAUCUGAUAUAUAUGUGGUAUUUGAAGCUCUUGACGUCCAAGUGGUUCUACAGAGUGCCGUAGAUCAAUUGCAGACUGUGUCGCUGUCGGAAUACUUACGAAUGUCGAUGAGCCAACGAAUUAUCCGGUCAUUCAUACUGAAACCGUACGACAGCAAAGAAUAUCUGUUCGGAUCUUACAAGAUUAUGCCCCGAGCCCAGAACGCCCAUGCCUAUGUCAACGCCGCAUUUCUUAUUCAAGUGAAGAAUCCGGACUUUAUAGUUAAAUCAGCUCGGAUUUCAUAUGGUGGACUUUGUCCAGAAUUUGUCAGGGCUAAACAAUUAGAAAACAGUUUGCUGAACAAACCACUUUUCCACGCGCAAACAGCUCAGAUGGCAUUAGCUACACUCAGGGGUGAAAUCAAGGCUACAUUUGUUCUGCCCGAACCAUCUCCUGAAUACAGGAUUACAUUGGCGCAUGGUCUAUUCUACAAAUUUUUAUUGGGCCAUGCGCCGGCAGAGAAUAUCUGCGCCUCUUUCGCAUCCGGCGGGGGUGUUCUCAAGAGGCCUGUCUCCAGAGGAAAACAAACAUUUGAAACUCACGACAGUUGUCUGCCUCUAAAAAAGCCCACCCUCAAACACGAAGGCUUACUUCAAUGUUCUGGAGAAGCUGUUUUUUCGAACGACCUGCCGCCACAGGGCCAACAGCUGUGGGCUGCCUUCUUCACAGCAAAGAAGGUUGGUGCCAAAAUUGCCGAUGUUAACACAGAGGAGGCCUUGGCCCUUCCAGGUGUUGUGGCUAUCUUCACCGCCAAGGACAUACGCCAGGGAGGUAAUCGCGUCGCCGUUAAGGACAAUUUCUUCUUCAUGGAAGACGAACCCCUGUUUUUGGAUGGAGAAGUCAAAUAUUAUGGCCAGCCAGUUGGCAUUGUUGUGGCCGAGACCAAUGCUCUGGCAAACAGAGCUGCUGAAGUAGUGAAGCUUACAUAUGAAGGUGGGUCCACGGAAGUACUAUCCACGCUAAAGGAGGUGUUGAAUGCAGCUGCUGCGUCCGAUAGAAUUCGACAUGAAAUCAAGUCGGAAUCUACGCAGGCAGGGACGUCAAUUGAUGCUCACAAAGCGAACGCUGAAGUCUUUGAUGUGAGCGGCAAAGGCGAGUUGGAUAUGGGUCUGCAAUAUCAUUUCUUCUUGGAGCCUCAUACCACAGUGGCCGUUCCAACCGGGGGUGGCCUUCAGCUGUAUGUGGCAACACAGUUCAUGGAUUUGACCCAGGACAUUGUGGCCAAGAUGCUGGGUGUGCACAGUAAUGAAGUUCAGGUGAAAACUCAUCGUCUGGGUGGUGGCUACGGAGGCAAGGCCACUCGCUGCAACUUCCUCGCUUGUGCUGCCGCGCUCGCCGCAUAUAAGCUGAAUAGACCGGUGCGUUUUGUCCAAUCCAUAGAAUCUGCAAUGGAAUCCUUUGGCAAACGCUGGCCUUGUCACAUCGACUACGACUUCUACGUACGCAACUCGGGAAAAAUAGUGAAAUUGGUAUCUUCUUUCUACGAAGAUGCUGGCUUUUGUCCCAACGAGUCUCCCAUGGGCCACACAGUGCUGCUGUCGAAAAACUGUUACGAAUUCACCAACGACAACUUCAUUCUGGACGGCUACAUGGUGCUCACGGACUCUCCAUCCAACAUAGCGUGCAGAGCACCUGGUUCCGUUGAAGGCAUCGCCCUAAUUGAAAACAUAAUGGAGCAUGUAGCCUUCCGAUUGAACAUGGAUCCCUUGGACUUACGUAUGGCCAACAUAAUUGCGGGUCACAAGCUGUCUGAAAUGCUUCCAAAAUUCAUAGAAUCGACAGAUUACAGGGAGCGGAGGGCGGGCGUAGUAAACUUCAACAAAAACAAUCGUUGGAUCAAACGAGGCCUCGGACUGGCUAUCAUGGAAUAUCAUGUAGGAUACUUCGGACAAAUCCCGGCGACGGUGGCUAUCUACCACGGGGACGGCACCGUUGUUAUCACCCACGGCGGCAUCGAAAUGGGUCAGGGCAUGAAUACGAAAAUUGCCCAAGUUGCCGCUCACAUCCUGAAUAUUCCACUUAAUCUGAUUCGUGUCGAGAGUAGCACCACCAUUAAUGGUGCAAACGCAAUGGUCACUGGUGGAUCGGUCGGCAGUGAGGUUGUGUGCUUUGCGGUGCGCAAGUGCUGCAAUACCUUGUUGGACAGACUUAAGCCCUUCAGGGAGGAAUUGAAGGAUCCCUCGUGGCAAGACAUCAUCAAUUUAGCGCACAUGCGCUGCACAAAUCUAAUAGCUAGCGAUGGUUGCAAGGCUGGCGACAUGGACCCGUACACCGUGUGUGGCUUGGGCCUGACCGAGGUCGAGGUGGACAUGCUGACCGGCAACUAUCUGGUGAAACGUGUUGAUAUUCUUCAAGAUGCCGGCGAAAGUCUGAAUCCCAAUGUUGAUAUAGGCCAGGUGGAGGGUGCGUUUAUAAUGGGCCUUGGUUACUGGACCAGUGAACUUUGUGUGACAGACAAAGCAACGGGUCAACUGAUGACUAAUCGCACGUGGAAUUACAAGCCACCCGGUGCCAAAGAUAUUCCCAUCGAUUUUCGUAUCGAGCUUUUGGCUAAGAGCCCGAAUCAGGCUGGUUUUAUGAGGUCGAAAGCUACUGGCGAGCCCUCAAUCUGUCUGGCCAUCAACGUAACUUUUGCUCUCCAACAAGCCAUACAAUCUGCUCGUGAUGAUGCCGGUCUUGAAAAGAAAUGGAUCACCCUAAAUGCACCCAUGACACCCGAGUACAUUCUUCUGAGUGCCGGCACCAGUGUGGAUAUGAUGACCUUAUCAAUGUAAUAGUCAUGAAAAAAUCCUGUACAAACAUGUUUGUAUAUUUUGUCCCUUUACCCACCAUUAGUCCAUGGUUUUGCUAAAAAAAUAAACAAACACUCGUCAUUGAGUUUUAAGAACCGAG